UAAGAAUGAGAGAGUGCAGGAACGAGUUGCGAGAGAGAGCGAGAACGAACUUCGAGAAAGAGCGAGAACGAGCUACGAGAAAGAGCGAGCAAGAACGAGCUAUGAGAGAGAACGAGCUGCGAGAAAGAGCGAGAACGAGUUGCAAGAGAGAGCGAGAAUGAGCGAACAAAAACGAGCACGAGCAGAAACGA